CCUAUAUUAAAACGAAUCAGUGUUUAUAGAGUCAUUACUUGUUGUGUCUCGAUACGAAACGACCGAUAUGAGGUAUCUACUGGGUGUGUUAUUUCUCGCGGCAGUGGCGUCAUCUGUCCUGUGUGAACUUAACGAUGCAAAACAUGUAGAAAACGCCGUGGUAACUGGAACUGGCAAAAGCUACAAGUUGAUGUACAAAGCAGAGACAUGGCAGGACGCGAAGCAAGUUUGCUCGAACAACGGCGGCAAGCUGGCGGUGCCUAAAUCUCAGGAUGAAUUCAACACGAUUCAAGCUCUGAUCCGUAAAAUGCACUAUCCCAGCAUAAUCGGUUGGACCGGCAGUAGGCUUCUAGCCUGGGUCGGCAUCAGUAGUGUGAGCGAACCAUCUUGGAGGAAUGUGGACGGUAAAGACAUAGAAAACACUGGUUUCUCAACAUGGGCAAAGGGCAAUGGAGAGAAAAGCAGCAACCCCCAGGAGCCCCAUUGUGUGGUCAUGGACGCUGCUAACCCUGGCUUACGAAGCUUCUGGUGCCACUAUAAACAACCCUUCGUCUGCCAGUUUAAUAUCAACCCCUAAACUGUUGACGCUAUGGGCUCACUGACUAUUACGCCGUGUCUUGCGUGGGCGACGGUUGCGCGACCGUGUUUCAAAAAAUAUAUAUGUAAAUAAAUAAUUUAUUCAGACUGCUACUUAGACAUUAAAAUAUUUUAUCAUUA